CAGCGAAACAAAAAGUCAUUCCCUGCAGAUCUACGAGACAAAAGGCAUCUGUCGCUACUCUUCUUAACACGGCACGAAAUAUCUUUUGUUUUUGGAACAGAACGGCAGAGGAACAACCCAGACACCAGAGGCAACAAAAAUAAAAUCGAACCCGGGCCCAAGAACAAAAAGAAAUGCACUUCUCAACACUCCUCACGUCCGCGGCUCUCGUCGUCAUGGCUCGCGCGGCUACGCACAGCCCAGAUCUUACCACCGACGAUUCUUCCGGCACAGAGGGCGUCCUGUCCAAGUUUGAUGACGAGCUGCUGCCCAUGAGCCGGAUCCAGCUGGCUGCCAUCAGCGCCCCUCUCGCCCGGGAGGACGGGUCGUUCACUACCUGCCUGCCUGUGCUUGGUGGUGCCAACGUGGAAGACUGCAGCACCGUGCUGAGCAACAUUGCCGCCAACACCAACGACAUUGGCGUCGCCCCCGGGUUCUGCCUCAACUGGUGGUCCGGCACGUGCCUGGCAAAGAUCUGCGCCCGCGGCGACGGCUUCGUCAACCUCACCGAGCCGUACUACGAGAAGCCCAGCGUCGUCGUCGAGCGCCUCGGCGGCGACCCUCUGGGUGUCUGUGUUGCAAAGGGCGACAGCGGCGUCGUCAGCGACUGCCCGGAUUACGCAGGUGAUUGUGGCGUGUACAGAUAUUAUUUGCAAAUCCGCCAGUAGAACGCAAGCGGGCGACACCAGUGGGGGACAAAUAGACGGAGAAUUGCAGUUCAAGUCGUCGAUUGCC